AAAGAAGAACAGAAUACAGUUGAGACAAUGGCCAGUGUUCUCUCCUCAGAAACACAAGAAAUGGUGAAGGAUGAAAUUUUUCAGAAAAUCCUGUCUGAAAAAGAAAAAUUCCCGACUGUUAGCUUGCUGGAUUUUGCUGGGCAGUUAGCAUAUUAUGCUUGUCACCAAAUUUACGUAACACCAAAGGCCUUCUUUAUUCUUGUGCUGGACAUGACUAAGAGGUUUGAAGAUGUUGUGGAUAAAGAGAAAGAUAACCAAGAAGGAUCAAUCUUUUCCGUUUGGACUUACAGAGACUACCUUAAGUUUUGGAUUACCUCAAUCAAGACAUUUGGAGGCAAAAAAGCACCACUGUUUCUUGUUGCCACACACACGGAGAAAAAAUCUACAGAUGAAAUAGAAACAUUCUUUGGGGAGUUUUGGAAUGCUGUACCAGACGAGGACAGAGAUUGGUUAAGUGAGUCUUUGAAUGAUCGGGAAUAUGCAGUAGGUCUUAAGGAACUUAAUGAUAACACUAAGGCAAUGCUAGACUCAAUGAAAAAUUCUAUAGUGGAAUUAUUUACGGAUGAUAAUACUACAAAAAUUGAAUUGCCAUCCUCAUGGGCUCUAAUGGAACAGUUAUUAUAUGAAGGAGCCUGGAAGGUUUUGUCCCUGAGUGAAAUCUGGAAGCUCAACGCAUCUCUUCCCGAUGAAUACCAAAUCAAAAGUGACGAGGAAAUGUCGGAAUUUUUAAAAUGUUUCCAUAAUAAUGGUCUUCUUUUGAAUUUUGAAGAAGCAGAAUUGAGGGAACAUGUUAUACUUGAUAUUCAGUGGCUUGCUAAUGCUUUCAGCAAGGUAAUUGCCGAUGAAAACCACAUCAAUAAAGAUUGUAAAAGGAAAUUAGUUAAAGAGUGGAAAUCCUUCAACAAAACGGGGGCACUUAAAGAUAAAGUGAUAGAUGCUUUGUGGAAAGAGGAACCCUCUUACUCGAAACAUAAAAGUGAAAUUUUGCCAUACAUGGAGAAACUUCAAAUGCUGGUACCUUUGGAUGCAUUUGAGGCUGUAUCAGAAGGUGGCAUGUCAUGGUAUGUCCCAUGUAUGAACAAAAAGCAGUUUAAAGCUGACUUUUUUGAAGAUAAGUGGGAAUGCUCAUCCAUUUUGUGCUAUCGAUUCAAUUCCUUUGCCAUGUUUGUGUUCUACAGACUGGUAGCAUACUGCAUAAGUUCUCUAAGAUGGAGUGUUGCAAAAGAUGAAGAUAAUGAAGGAAGUCCAUGUCUUUAUCAAACGGCAGCAGUGUUUGAUCACAAUGAACACACUGUUGUUGUUGGCAUAUGUAAUGACGAUAUCCAGUUGCAGGUGCUGAGAAUCAAACCAUUGACUAUAGACAAAGAAGUAUCAAAUGAAAUUGGAGACUCCAUUGAUAAAGCAAUAGAAAAAUUGACUGAAACAUUUAUUGGCACAAAGAUAUUCCUCAAAGGAUACAAAUGUCAAAACGUUGUUUGUAAUGAAAAAGACAUAUCUUUUACUCUUGCAAGUGAGCUGUCCAAAAUCAAGGCUAAAGAAAUUCAGUGCAAGUGUCAACUUCGAGAGAAGCAUGUGAUAAAUGUACAGAUGAUGCAGGGAUUCUGGGAAAAGAGAGAGUCGAGUGAUUCCAGUACUCCAAAGGCCUCUGGACAAAACCUAGAAGGCCGGUCUAGAUUUGCAAAACUUGGUAUGGCUACAAAUGAUGUGUUGAAUAAGGCAUACAGAGAUAUUCUAGAAUCAGAAAUUCCUGCAUCUGAUAUUGAGAACAAGGUGGAUUUAUUAUCAAACAAAAAGUUGAAGAGUCUGAAUCUAAACGCAAAUCAAGAAGAUCAAUUGAAAAAAGCAAAAAUAUCAGGAUAUGAGGAAUUUGAUAUUUCAUUAACAUACAAAUUGAUAAGAAACAUUUGUUCAAAGAUUCCUAAACCAACAAAAGGAAAAUGGGGAGAAGAGCCUGCAGCAGGAGAGGUGAGAGUGGGUGAUGAUAUCGAGAGAAUUAGGUCAAUACGAAAUAAAUUGACUGCACAUGUCAGUUCAGCCUCCAUCUCUCAGACAGAAUUUGAUGACACCUGGUCAACGAUGUCAGAUAUCUGCCAAAGACUGGAAACGUUCACUGGAAAAAAGUACUUGGAUAGUCUUAAAGGGAUUCAGAAACUGGCUCUGAAAGAGGAAGGGGAAGAUGCAAUAAAAGCUAUCAUAGAAAAGUUUGUCAAGGAUCAACACGAACAACAUGAACUGUUGAAGUCAGUCGUGUCAGAUGUUCAAGAAAUAAAGUCUCAAAUGAUGACAUUAAAACGAAAUUGAAGACUAAAGGCAGCCAUUUAGAAAUAAUAAUUUUUUACUCGUAGAAAGUUCGCUGGGAUAGUGAAUAAUGAAUUCUGUAACACUUGGUUGAAGAUGUCAGAAAUCUGCAAUGCACUUGCAGGUUUCAUUGGUUAAAAGCCUAUGAAUAAGCUUAAUUAUAAUCAUAAACUGGAUAUAAGGAAUUUGAUAUUUCAUUUACAUACAAGUUGUUAAGAAACAUUUGUUCAAAGAUCCCUUAACUAACAAAAGGAAGGUGGGGAGAAGAGCAUGCAGCAGUUGUAGAGGUGACUGUGGGUGAUGAUAUUGAGAGAAUCUGGUCAAUGCAAAAUAGAUUGACUGCUCAUGUGAGUUCAGCCUCUAUCUCUCAGA